AUGGUUAAUAACUUUCUUGUAAAAUUAAUUUUGUGUGGGUUUUUAAUUUGUAAAGAAAAUUUCGUUGUGGGAGAUGAAAGUUCAAUAAAUUGCACCGUUGGUGAGCUUUUAUGUCCGAAUUCAACGAUUUGUAUCCCACAACAUAAAUUUUGUAACGUUUUAAUCGAUUGUCCGUAUGGGGCGGAUGAAAAUCCGAGUUAUUGCGAUGAUUACCAUUUGGAUGCAUUUUGGGAUCGGAUAUUUUCCAAAAACCCCAAAGCGGUUAACGACGAUUUGGAUGAGAGGUGCAAAUUUGAGUACGAAGGAAAGUGUUUGUGUCGCCAUCGCGAUUUGUUGUGCAAAAAUUUGGAAUUAAUCGAAAUCCCGGAUAUAAAAGAUUUUGAAAUUGAUAUAUUGGAUUUAUCCGGGAACACUUUCAAAGUUUUAAACAAAAAAUUAUUCGAUGAGGUCCCCAACAACGUUCAAAAAAUGGUUAUGAAGCACUGCGAAAUCAACGAAAUUAAAAGUUCCGCGUUUUUCGGGUUAACCCAUCUCAAAGAGAUAUAUCUAGAUAAUAACCGGAUACAAAGCCUGAUUGAUUGCAGUUUCGGCGAAAACAACAUCUUAAACACCCUGGUUUUAAGCUACAAUAGAAUCGCCGACGUCCAUGCGGACUUCUUUUGUAACUUAACUCGGCUACUUAAGCUGUUUAUUGGACUACCACCAUUUUUUGAGUUAUUAUUAUUAUUAUUUUCUAGCGUUUGGAUAAUAGCAACAGUAGGUUGUUUCGGAAACCUUUUAGUCCUAAUCGGUAGAUUCUUAGCAAAAACCAACAACGUCGUCCACUCACUUUACAUAAAAAACUUAGCCCUCUCCGACUUAUUAAUGGGCUUAUAUUUGUUCAUAAUCGCCAUUGUCGAUAUGAAAUACCGCGGCGUUUACGUCCAGCACGAAUCCGCUUGGAGGCACAGCAAAACUUGCAACAUUUGCGGAUUCUUAAGCACUUUAUCGUCAGUUUCAUCAGUAUUCAUCCUCUCACUAGUGACGUGGGAUCGAUUCAUCUCAAUCACAAAACCUUUAGCAAGGAAACAAGUUUCAGCGAAAACCGCAACGCUACAAUUAUUAAUUUUAUGGUUUAUAGCGGGAUUAAUCGCAUUUUUACCACUAUCAAAAAUCGAUCCAGAUUAUUUUAAAGAUUUUUAUAACACCAAUGGAGUUUGUUUACCUUUACACGUCCAUGAACCUUUUCAACAGGGUUGGAUUUAUUCAACGGUUAUGUUUGUAAUCAUUAACUCAUUGGCUUUAGUUUUCAUCAUUUACGCUUACGCCAGGAUGAUCCAUGAAAUUGAAACAAGCGGAUUAGCUUGUAGAUCAACCCAACAAAGCAAAGACAGAGAUAAAGUGGCGAAACGUUUCGGAAUAAUCGUAUUAACCGAUUGUUUAUGUUGGGUCCCCAUUAUCAUCGUUAAAAUAGCCGCGUUAUUAGGGGCCGAUAUUUCGAAAUAUUUGUACGCUUGGUUGGCGAUUUUUGUGUUACCGAUUAAUUCGGCGCUAAAUCCAGUACUUUACACCUUAACAACAUCAAUUUUUCAAAAACAAAUGAGAAAAUCGUGCGCUUUUUGUGUUAAGAGGCGCAAAAAACGCGAACAUCCUUCAGGGUAUGAUUCAGCGUCGAGUUUAAGUCUGGGUUUGUUUUCUUUGGGUGGAAAUAACCGCAGAGGAUUAAAUUAUCGGGGGACCCAAUCCAGUUUAAUGACAAGCAAAGAAAAUUCGAGCAAAAAACCAACAGCUGUUUGAUUAAUUCAUUAAUUAAU